GCGAUACACCGCUAGACAGAGCCGUGUUACCGGCGUAGAACCGUGUGGCUGAGUUUCAGCGGUGCAAUGCCUUGCUCCACCUUGGCUUCUCUGGCCUUCCACGUUUGCGCAGCCAGCUUGUUCAUCCUUGCCGCCGGGUUCACAACUGCGGCCGCCGGAGACGACCGAUCCGAAUGCUACACGCGGGACGCCACCGACACCGUCGUGACAUACAGACCGUGCGACGACCCAACGUGCUCCGCAACGGACAACUACACCACCGGCAGCCCCUACGACCUCAGCCUCCGGCGUCUCCUCGCCGCGGUCCCGCUGGCCAACGCAACGGUAGGCGGCUUUUUCAACGGGACGGCCGGGUCGGGGCCGGACGACACGGCGUUCGCGCUCGCCGCGUGCCAGGCGGAUCUGCAGCCUCCGGAGUGCCGCCGGUGCCUCCAGUCCGCGUCGGGCAACCUCACCGGCUACUGCCCUCACAGCAAGAAGGUCGUCGCAGCCUACGUCGGCUGCAUGCUGCGCUACUCCGACCAGCCGUUCUUCGGCGUCGCCUCAAUCGGCUUCUUGUUCUACGAGGACGUCGCGGGCCCUAACGUCACCGGCCGGGACCAGGCGGCGUUCCGUACCGUGCGCGCGGAGCUGUUCGACGAGCUGCGCGGUGCCGCGGCCGCGUUGCCCACGCUGGCCACGGCGGGCAACCUGACGUACAACAGCACGCACAGGAUGUACGGGCUGGCGCAGUGCACGCAGGAUCUGGCCGCCGGCGAGUGCUCCCGGUGCCUCGUGGACCUGGCCACGAAUCUCCCGGAGCCGGGCGCGCGUCCUGGACCGGACGACGUGCCGUGGACGGAGGGAGCGUCGUUGAAAGCCUACAGCUGCUACAUUAGGUACGAUCUGCGCCCCUUCUUCGUCUCAGAUAUCGUUGCCCUGCCGUAUACGGCGCCAGGUUCACCUCUCAGCCAGCCUACAGCGACCACUUCCAAAGGAAACAGGAUAAGCGAUGCAGGAGUGGUGAUUGCCAUUGUUCUUGCCGUCCUGGUUAUCUUCAUGUCCGUGGCCCUGGUCUACAUGUGGAGAAAAGCUAAAGCAAAACAAUACGCCGAGAAAGAUGAAGACGCUGGAUCCCUUCUCUUUGACCUCCCCACAUUAAGAAAGGCGACAGGAAAUUUUGCUGAAGAAAAUAAACUAGGGCAUGGAGGCUUUGGCGCAGUAUACAAGGGUUUCUUGCCAAAUGGACGUGAAAUAGCGGUGAAAAGACUAGACAAGGCUUCAAAGCAAGGCGUAAAGCAGCUGAGAAACGAGCUCAUACUGGUGGCCAAGCUUCGCCACAACAAUCUCGCAAAGCUACUCGGCGUUUGUUUGAAGGGGCAGGAGAAACUGCUCGUGUACGAGUACCUUCCCAAUCGGAGCCUCGACACCAUUCUUUUCGAAGCUAGGAGGUGUGAGUUAGGCUGGGGAACAAGGCACGACAUCAUCCACGGCACGGCAAGAGGCCUACUGUACCUCCACGAAGACUCGCAGAUAAAGAUCAUACACCGAGACCUCAAGGCGAGCAACAUCCUGCUGGACGCCGGCAUGAUCCCCAAGAUCUCGGAUUUCGGUUUGGCGAGGCUCUUCAGCGGCGAUAGGACGACCAGCAUCACAAGCCAAAUCGCCGGGACGUUAGGCUACAUGGCGCCAGAGGCCGUGCUCGGUCACUGUUCGGUCAAGCUAGACGUCUACAGCUUCGGAGUCCUGGUCCUGGAGAUCGUGUCUGGGAGGAGGAGCACCGACUUGUUGGAAUCCAUGGAAAGCGAAGAAGAUUCUAGCACUUUCCUAAGCUAUGUGUGGGCUAACUGGAGAAGAGGAACGCCACUGGAGAUCAUGGACCCGAUGCUGGAUGGCCGCCAAGUCCCCGAGAGCGAGGUGCUGAGAUGUAUCCACGUCGCGCUCCUUUGUGUACAGGCAAAUGCGGCGGACCGGCCGACGAUGAUGGGCGUCCUCCUUAUGCUUCAUGGCAAGGUUUCGGGCUUCCCGGCGCCGUCAAAGCCUGCGUUUACGUUUUCGCAGAGUGAGCUGAUGAGCAGUUCUGAAGGUUUAGACAGCCACAGAGAGGUGGCGAUUCCCGUACCUGAGAUGUCCCCUCGUUACGAAUCCACCGUUAGGUGUCCUUCGUGAUUUGUGCUAGGUCCCCUCAUCAUAUCUAACUUGUUUCAUAUUAAUAUGACAUGCCUUGAAGUGAACCCUAGUUAAAUCUUUCAUUUUAGGAACAUUAUUUAUAGAUCCAACACUUUAUUGGAUUAUUUCAGUUCUUUUUCAAUCAAACUAUUGUUAAUCUCGGUUCGUAAUC